AUGGAUAGUAUGAAUAGAGAAGAUUGGUUAUUAUGGCAAUUCGCGGAUUCAGCAUUACCUACAGGAGGAUUUGUGGCUUCAUCAGGAUUAGAAGUGGCCAUACAAACAGGAUACGUUAAAGACUCCGAUUCAUUAUCAUUAUUCUUAUCGUCAAGCAUUGAGAAUUAUGCUCAUUCCGCUUUACCUUUUGUAACUGAUUCCUGGCAAGUUCUCUUUGAAACAUCUAAUGAAGAUGUAAUUUUGGAAAGUAUCAUAAAGUUGGAUCAUUUGUAUGAAGCAUGUACAAGCAAUGUUAUUACUAAACGUGCUUCAAAAGCCCAAGGAGUUGCCAUGUUAACUUUAUUUAGUAAAUCAUUUGGUGAAGAAUUUGGUAAUGAGGGCAGAAAAGUUGGAGAUAAAGUUGUUGAUAGAUUGAAGUUUGAAGUUAGAAAAGAGAAUACAUUUGGUCAUUUACCUAUUACCUUUGGAUUGGUUUCCAAGUGUCUUGGAAUCAGUUUAGAACGCGCUCAACAAUUAUUCCUCUUUCUUUUCUCUCGGGCUGCUUUGUCUGCUGCCGUCCGCUUAAAUAUUGUUGGACCUUAUUAUUCUCAAAGAAUGUUAACUAAAUGUCAAACUUUCGUUGACACCUCGCUCAAAAAAACAUAUAAUAUUAAAGCUGACGAUGCCGCACAGACUUCUCCCAUUCUUGACAUUUUACAGGAAACAGAUACGAAAACGUUAUACUCAUGCCUUUUCGUAAAUCGAACGUGGUGCAUGAAUAUUAUUCCUUUUAUUUGGAAAAAACCUUUUAAAAUUUCAAAGAAUAUCGAAAAACUUGUACCCAUCUUCUUUUCAUUUCUUAAUGAUGAAACAAAAGAAUUUCUUCAAGUACAAAAUCAAAAUCUUGACAUCCCAAAUACACUUCUAUUUGAUUACCCCUGUUACAUCAAGGAAAUGCAUUUUGGUAGCAUUAAUUAUUCCAUUGAAAAAUGGAUCGAUGAGAAUAGAAUUAUUAGACCCACUUUAUGUGAUGAUUACUUUACAAAAAAUGAAUCAUCUUACAAUUAUAAUUUUAUAAGAUUUGUUUCAAAAGUCAACAAGUCGGAACGAAUCGAAAUACUUAAAUUAUGCGAGCAUGGUAAUGAAUAUCAAUAUAACUCGAUUAAGAUAUUAUUUUAUCAAUCUUUAUUAUUUUCCACACCUAAAAUUGAGAAUCGUUUAAAAAACCUUCAAAAAUUGAUAUGCAUGGAAAAUUGGUUUAGGGAAGAAAUAUUCAUCAAGUUAUCAAAUAUCUCUAACAAUAUUAAAUACAUUCAUGUUGAUAUUGAUGUGUACAAUCCAACAUUAAAAGACAAAGAAAGCUUUACUAAAUUAAUCAAGUCUCAAAAUAAUUUGGAAAAGAUCAUUAUCUCUUGUUAUAAUACGCAAAAUUAUAUCGAUGAAUUUAUGAAAGCAUUAAUUAAUCAUACUCAUUCCUUAAAAUCAAUUAAUCUUGAAUUUGGAAAGAUUAAAGAAAAUAAUUCCUUGAGUUUUUUAAAGAAUUGUUAUAAACUUGAGGAAUUAAUCUUAAAUAGAUUAGAAUUAGCUUAUGAUUAUGUUGAAUUAUUAUUUGAAAUCAUUUUACCUAAUCUUAAAAAACUUUACAUUCAUAACAUGUACUUUCAUGAACCUGCUUCUAACAAAAAUCCUAUUUACACUUUUAUAAACAAUAAUGGAAAGAAUUUAUUGGAAAUUUCAUUAUUCGUUGCUCUGUCGGAUUACCCUUCACUUUUAAUCGAAACUAUCACGGAUUAUUGUCCUUUGCUUACCUCUUUUAGUAUUAAGAUACGUAAAGAAGACGAAAUUCCAAAAUUAUUUUAUUUAAUGAAAAAUUCUAAAAAUUUGAAAUUCCUUUACAUCCUUUUUAGUGAUUUCAUUUAUUUACAUUUAACCAUUAAGAAAAAUUUAAAGGAGUUUGCUCAAUACAUUUCUUCUACAUUAGUCACCUUGGAUAUAUCAAAAUGGUUAAUUUCUUUUAAAAUAUUAGAGAAUUUUCUUGAGAAUUUAUAUCACCUUGUAAGAAAUUUCAAAUUUAAAUGUAUUGGAAGUUCUAAAAAAAUUGAAAAUAUUCUCGUAAAUUAUGCUAAAAAAAAGCACUUGAUGAUUAAUAAUCUUUAUAUAGAAGAAUAUAUAGGUUAUAAUCUAUCAAAAUUACAUUCACAAGUCAUUAUUGAAUGGAUUAAUUAUUAG